CAGGGACGAUGCGACCCGAGGACGCAUACAGCGACAGGGGCGAUGUAUGCUAUACUUAUGGCAGGACAGCAUGUUGCCUUAGUCUUUCAAGACGCGAAGUGUUGCUCGUCAUCGCCAUCAUGAUGCAAGUUCUUGUCAGCGUCAUCAUCUCUGGCUGGCUGGACUCACAUCAGCCUCCCUACGCGUAUUAUGAGUACUCCAAACUUCCCUCGUUCCAUAUAUCAGCCCCUAAGAGGCUUUCGAUGGCUCCCUUGCAAGGCAUAGUUGGGUACGAAAUCCGUCGAUGGAGUCCAUCGAUGUAUAAAUCUCCUACGAAGUACAUGGGUACGUCUCAGGAGGCGGAUGACAACUGGGAUGAUCUGUACAGAUAUGGAGUCGCUCGGAUUCCUCACAGCACAGCAAAGAUGCUCGCGGAAGAAAUACUCCCUGUCCCGGGGCAGGACGGCCAAUACGUGCUGAUGUUUGAGAAUCUACUGCGCAAGCGACUGCAUCCAGAAGAUUACAAUUCACCUGACACCGAUGGCAAAGUCGCACAGGAGCAUGCUGAUCAUUGCAUCGAUGUACUACGACAGACGCUGAUGUGCGUCGUGGAUAUCAAUCCAAUGAUUUGGCACUGGAAUGAACGGGUGAAUAGGAGGACGGUACCGAAGAUGGACGUAUUGGCAGAAUGCAGGAAGUGGGAAGAUGUGGAGAGAUGGUCAAGGGAACAUCUCAUAAAGACGGAGAACGUACCUAUGGCAUCCCAUAAUGACCACGGAGGGCCUGAUUAAGAGGAAGCGCGAAGCGGAAUCCCCAAGUUGGAAGUAGUAUUCUUCAUGAAAGAGUACAGUAUGUAUAUUAGACCAAUGCGAUGUGGCAUUGAGGCCGGCAUGAUACAUCAGGC